AUGUUAGAAAUAUUUUUUAUAUUUAUAACAGCAGGAUGUGCAUCUAAAUUGAAUUGGAAAGGUAGUCUUCGCACGUAUACUGGCAUCGACGAAAAUACGGAGAAGUAUCCUUAUGUAGUAGCCCUAAAGACUCUACAUGCUGGUCUACACAAUAUCUGUACCGGUACCCUUUUAACACCACAGUGGGUCUUGAGCGCUGCACAUUGCCUUGAGAAAGUAAUUACUCAUAUUCAGUACGGGAAUAUGUCAGUACCACUAAAUCGUACGGAUUUAAAGAGCGAAGUGCUACAAAUGAUACAACAUCCAAGAUACAAUGGACUGAUGUCUAACGAUAUUGGAUUGCUAUUAGUAAAUCCAAUUACUAUGACCAAGUACGCUAAACUGUCUGGAGUAGAAUAUCAAACACUAAGCGGUCUUUCUGCCGAGUAUGCUGGAUUUGGAAUGAUUUAUUUUCCAACUCGUAAAACAUAUAGCAAGAAAAAAUACAUACAACUCAGUGAAAAUCAACCGCUUGUGGUAGGCAAAGCUAUUUUAAGAACCUGCAAAGAGCCAUUUUCAGCAAAUUUAAUGUGUCUGUCAUCGAAGUGUUUCGAGAAACAAAUAAAUUUGCCCGGAGAUUCGGGGGGACCAUUGAUUUUAGACAACAAAAUCGUAGGAAUAGCCUUAGCAGUUGCAAUCGAACUUCAUGUCCAAGCUUUCACUCCAACCAGUUCUUAUAUAACAUGGAUCCGAUCAAUAAUUCUACCAGCACACAAUGAAGACAAAAACAGUACAGUGGAAGUAAUCAGUCAAUAA